AUGAUUUCAGAAUAUCGAUUCUUUUUGGCUGGUGGCUCUAGUCGUCCAGUGGAUGUUCCUAAUCCAUCACCCGAAUGGGUAACAGAACGUAUUUGGAGUGAAAUAUUAACAUUAGAAUCAUUACCAGCUUUUGAAAAUUUUGCCAAAACAUUUCGUUCAAAUUUACAUGAACUCAAGCAAGUUUUCGAUAGUACAGCACCAGAAAAUGCUCCACUACCAAAAGAAUGGGCGGAUAAACUGGAUGAUUUUCAAAAAAUAAUCUUAUUAAAAUGUUUAAGACCCGAUAAAGUGACAAAUGCCAUGCAAGAUUAUGUAUCAAAAAAUUUGGGACAAAAAUUUAUUGAACCACAGACAGCCGAUUUACAUUUGGUAUUUCGAGAUUCAUCAGCAACAACACCACUUAUAUUCGUUUUAUCACAAGGUACAGAUCCGGCAGCUGAUUUAUAUAAAUUUGCUGAAGAAAUGAAAUUUUCAAAACGUCUUAAUGCCAUAUCACUUGGUCAAGGACAGGGACCACGUGCUGAAGCAUUAAUGCGUGCGGCAAUGGAAAAAGGAUUUUGGGUAUUUUUUCAGAAUUGUCAUUUAUCUCCAUCAUGGAUGCCAAGUUUGGAACGACUUGUUGAACAAGUUGAUCCAGAUCAUGUUCAUAAAGAUUUUCGUUUGUGGUUAACAAGUAUGCCAAGUCCACAAUUUCCUGUUAUGAUUCUACAAAAUGGAUCUAAAAUGACAAUGGAACCCCCAAGAGGAAUAAAAGCAAAUCUGUUAAAAUCAUAUUUAACAUUGACUGACGAUUUUCUUAAUUCAUGUACUGGAAAAGUUGAUGAAUUUAAACACUUAUUAUUAUCAUUAUGUCUGUUUCAUGCCGUGUUAUUAGAACGUCGAAAAUUUGGUCCAUUAGGUUUUAAUAUACCGUACGAAUUUACUGAUGGUGAUCUUCGAAUUUGUAUGAGUCAAUUAAAAAUGUUUUUAAUGGAAUAUACUGAAACAGCAUAUAAGGUAUUGAAAUAUACGGCCGGUGAAAUCAACUAUGGUGGUCGUGUUACUGAUGAUUGGGAUCGUCGUUGUGUAAUGAAUGUACUUGAUGAUUUCUAUCAUGCAAAAGUAAUUGAUUCAAAUUGGUGUUAUGAUGAGUCGAAAAUUUAUCAUCAACAACCGCCAACAACCGAACAUCAAGGCUACUUGGCUUACAUCCGAAGUUUACCAAUCAAUGAUACACCAGAAAUAUUUGGCUUACAUGAUAACGCCAAUAUCACAUUUGCACAAAAUGAAACAUUUCGUACACUCAAUGAUUUGCUUGAAUUACAGCCGAAAACAUCAAGUGGUGGCGAUGCAACAAGAGAAGAAACAAUCGAAAAAUUGGCCAAAGAUAUGCUUUCACGUAUUCCCCAACCAUUAUCCAUGUCAUCAGUGAUGGAAAAAUAUCCUGUCAUGUAUGAACAAUCAAUGAAUACAGUUCUUACUCAAGAAGUCAUACGUUACAACAAGUUGUUGAAUACAAUCCAUUCUACAUUAAAUGAGUUGCUUAAAGCACUCAAAGGUCUUGUCGUAUUGUCACAAUCAUUGGAAGACAUGUCGAAAAGUUUAUAUAACAAUACCGUUCCAUUAUUAUGGAGUAAAGUGGCUUAUCCGUCACUAAAACCGUUAGCAUCAUGGGCAGCCGAUUUAUUGCAACGCGUUAAAUUUGUACAAAAUUGGGUCGAUGAUGGUAUACCAACGGUAUUCUGGAUAUCUGGAUUCUUCUUUCCACAAGCAUUUUUAACCGGAACUCUUCAAAAUUUUGCUAGAAAAUAUGUUGUGUCAAUUGAUAGCAUUUCAUUUGGAUUCCAAGUAUUAAAAGACACAAAAUUAAGCGAACCACCACCUGAUGGUUGUUAUAUACGAGGACUCUACGUUGAAGGCGCCAGAUGGGAUCAUGCAUUACAUGUAUUAGGAGAAAGUCGUCCGAAAGAAUUAUUUACCGAAAUGCCCAUUAUCUGGUUACAACCAGAAGCAAAUCGUUCUAUCCGAACUUCUGGGAUUUAUAUGUGUCCGGUUUAUAAGACACUAACAAGAGCAGGAACACUAUCUACCACUGGUCAUAGUACAAAUUUCGUGUUUACAAUUGAGAUACCAAGCAGUAAAACACAAAAACAUUGGAUCAAGAGGGGUGUCGCAUUAAUAUGUGCAUUAAAUUAUUAA